CCGGUGCCCGGAUGGAGACAGACGCCAUUCUGAGGCGGACCGCGAGCGAGCGAGUGAGAGACACAGGGCCGCUUCCUCUCAGCCAUGGGCAGGCUCCACAACCUCCUGCUCUUGUUGCUGCUGGCCUCCCCCCUCUGCCUUUUCCAGCAAGGCGGCCCGGGAGCAAGACUUCUUGUUGCUGCAGAUGAUCCAACAGAGGAUGAGGAAGGUAUUGAUGAUUCUGUCGUGGAAGAUGAAGAUGAUGAAGCAGAAAUAGAAGAGGAUGAGCCAACAGACAUUAUGGAAGAUGAGAAAGAAGAGGAGGAGGAGGAGGAAGAAGAUGACUUGACAUCUGGAGAACCCAAAGCUUCUCCCAAUGCUGACACGACUAUUCUGUUUGUGAAGGGAGAAGAUUUCCCAGCUAACAACAUUGUGAAAUUCUUGGUUGGUUUUACCAAUAAGGGCAACGAAGAAUUUGUUGUGGAGUCUUUGGAUGCCUCGUUUCGUUAUCCUCAGGAUUAUCAGUUCUACAUUCAGAAUUUCACAGCACUACAACUGAACACGCUGGUACAGUCCCAGCGCCAAGCUACAUUUGAAUAUUCAUUUAUCCCUGCUGAACCAAUGGGUGGCCGGCCAUUUGGACUAGUAAUCAACCUGAACUACAGGGAUGCCACUGGUAACAUUUACCGUGAUGCUGUGUUCAACCAGACGGUUACGAUAACUGAGCGAGAAGAUGGGCUUGACGGAGAAACAAUCUUCCUGUACAUGUUCCUGACUGGCCUUGGUUUACUUGUUGUGGUUGGUAUUCAUCAGCUUCUGGAAUCUAGAAAAAGAAGGCGACCAACUUCCAAAGUAGAGAUGGGUACAUCUAACCACAAUAAUGUAGACAUGAGUUGGAUUCCUCAGGAAACCUUAAAUCAAAUCAACAAAACUUCCCCGAGGAGGUCACCCCGUAAGCGAGCGAAGAGAACUGUGGGAUCAGACGAGUAGAAACUCCGUUUUUACCCUUCAGUGUUUAAUCCUGUCCAUUUUUUGGAGAUAAUGCAGAGAUGCCAUCUAAACAUAGUUUUUUUAAAAAAAAUCAAUGGACUGAGCAGGAGAACCAUAUAAGAAUGUUUAUUUUUUUGAACAAGAGCUUUUCUUCAAAAUGCACUUGGCUGUAUGCAGAGUUGGUGUUUUUUUUUGCCAUUUCAAUCAGUUUUGAGCUUUUGUUUAAAAAGAGAAACUGCAGCCGGUCAAUAUUUUGACAACUUAAUGUGAAUGAUUCUACGUGAAAUGUUUUUGGCUUCUAUGUACUUUUGCAGUGGUGGAGGGAAUUUAAUUUUGAUAAGGGCAAUGUGCGUUCUUCUCCCUCCCCUCCAAGAUGUCAGAACAGACGCCAUGUUACAAGUCCACCCCCACCGCCCUGCUCUUUGCGCAGACUUUUACAUGUUAACAUGCUGGGUUGUCAUUCUUUUCAGAUUUCAGUUUAAAAUGAUAUUCGCAUAUGUGCAAAAUCAUUGCAUCAUCCUUUAAUUUUAUCCUACUCCUGUAUGUUUCUAAGGUGGAUGUUGUGAACUUGUGUGUAUAGUUAAAACACUUAGGGUAAGAGAUCCAUUGCACAGACUUGAAUAUCUGUUUGGCUAUUGCAAUACUACAGAUCAGUGAAAUGACUGAAAAUGUACGUGUGCACAUCUGUAUAUCAAAAAACCAAACAGGUUUGUAAAGUGUAUUUUUUAAGAGUCAUAUACUAUCCGAUUUGAGAAUGAUUUUAGUUUCGGAUGUGAACUUGGGAAUUUGUGCACUCGUUUUGGUUUUGAGUGCACCAUGCGUGUUGAAAUCAAAGAUAACUUUCAAAACCAGAUAAUUUUCUCAUUGUUGGGAGACCAUGUGGCAAAAUGUACUUGGCCAGAGUUUCAAAAACUCACAUAGGCAUUAAGAUGUUUUCAACUUCAAAGAUUACCUGGAAAGAGAUGGCUGGUUUUAAAAGUGGAUGAGAAGAUAUUAAAAUGAACAAACUGA